AUGCUACGCCUUACGCCUUACGUUCGAGACGUACGUCUCUACGGCAGUCCUUCUGCUAUGGCCUUUAGGCCGCGGUCACAUGGUACGGAACUUGCGGACGCACAAUUGGCGAGUGAUAAAAAGCCUUGGGUUCCGACCAAAAACACCAGAAUUUGUAGUGUUCACUUCGUUGGUGGAGAGAAAUCCAAUGAUGCAAGGAAGGAAUCAUUUUAUCCGACUUUAUUUCCAUCUAUUUAUAAAAAAAAGUCUACAGACUUGAGAAGAGCUGAAAGAUUAGAAGCUCGUAUUAAAAAAAUCGAAGACAGAGAUGUCCCAAUGCAGAUGAAACAUAUUAAAUAUGAUUUAACUUCUGAUUUUUACGAAGUACCAAAUACAUUUGAAAUUGCGCUUUCUGCUGAAAAUAGGUUACUCCUAUUUUUAAUGAAAAUGAAACAUGGACUGCCUUUCUCUACGUUAGGUUCUUUAUUUCAGAUUUCUCGUACUUCAGCCGCAAAUAUCUUUAAAAGCGUUUUAAAAAUUUUAGUGUUAAAUACAAAAACAUGGCUAUUUUGGCCAUCAAAAGAAGCAAUUAAAGAAACUAUGCCAUCCUGUUUUAUGCAUUAUCCAAAUUGUCGAGCGAUCAUAGAUUGUACCGAGAUUUCUUGUGACACGCCUCCAACUGUCGAGCAACGGAUAUUAAUGUAUUCACAUUAUAAAUCUAAUUUUACAAUUAAAUUUUUAGUUGCCAUUAGCCCUUCUGGUCUAAUAACUUUCAUAUCAAAAGCUUAUGGCGGGAAAGCGACUGAUGGAUUUAUAACUAAUGAUUCGGGAUUUUUAAACUUAAUAGAACCUGGAGACGAAAUAAUGGCUGAUAAAGGAUUUCCGCAAAUUAAAGUUGAACUUCUAUUACGUCAAUGUACAAUAGUGAUGCCUCCAUUUGCCUUUAAUCCUCAAUUUUCACGUGAAGAAGUUUUAGAAGGAUAUUCAAUAGCAUCUGUACGAAUACAUGUUGAAAGAGCGAUUCAAAGAAUAAAAAUUUUUUAA